AUGAUUCGUACGCCUAUUAUUGCUAUUAUUACUCUUUUUUUACAACAAUAUAUUGAAAUAACUCAAGCAGUAACAUGUGCAAGUAAUCCAUGUAAUCUUGUAUCUGGUGCUUUUGAACCAUCAACUGGCUAUAGUUGUUAUGAUAUUCCAUCUAGUAAUGGACAUUCUGUAUGCGUAUGCCCAAAUAAUGUUGUACCCGUUGUUAAUGGACCUUGUCGUAAGAAAACCUUAGAUAGUUUUCAUAUACAAACCUUUCGAAAAAAAACAGGUACAAAUACAUAUCAAGCUGCUUGCUCUAAAGUAUGUGUCAAUGGUGGUGUAUGCAAUGUAGUUAGUGGUCAACAUGUAUGCUGGUGUCAAUUAGGUUAUAGUGGUCCACAUUGUGAAGUUCAAGGUAUUCAAAAUCGUUGUUAUGCUGGAUUAUGUCAAGCUGGAACAUGUUACGAACAAGUUAUUGGAGCCAGUACAUAUGCUUAUUGUCAAUGUACACCUGGCUAUAGAGGAAUAACAUGCAAUCAACGUUAUUUUACAUGUACACAACAAGGUAUCUUUCCUGAUACUGCACAAUGCGCAAUAGGACGAUAUUUUUAUUGUCCUCAAGCAUCUGGUGCACCUGUCGCGGCUGUUUGUCCAGUUGGACAAACUUUUAAUCGUUUUACAAGUCAAUGUGAUAGUACACAGCCGUGCACGUAA